UUCAGAGUAUUUCAGAUCUACUUUGUUGGAGUGAAGCCAGCUUCGAAAGGCGGCAAUACUUACAAUAUCUAUGGAAACUGCAGUACGAGCGGCGAAGCGCCGGCAAGUAGUUGUACGCCUCCACCACCGGUAACAUGCGAAAAAACAUGCGAGUUCGUUAUCUGUGAGUCAAUACCAGCAGGACUAGUAUUCAAUUCAUCAUAUCCAAUCUACAACAGUACUACAAGCUGCUGGAUGAGGCUAAUGAUUGAUGACAUCCUUAUCGGCAGCUAUUACUGGUCAUUGCUAGUGCAGGAUACUGGAGGCAACUACACUGUAGACACAACUGGUACUUCAACAGAUGGUGAACUAAUCUACAAUACUAUCCUAAAAACUGCACAGCGAGGGGUGAAAGUCCGAAUUGCUCAAACAUAUCAAGAUGGAGGCUAUCCCGAAACGACAAAUUUAGCUGCAAAUUCAAAUGGGAAUCUUGAAGUCCGCUCACUCGAUUUUAAGCAAUGGUACCCGGGUGGUAUCCUCCAUACGAAAUCGUGGGCUGUUGAUGGCAAGCACUUCUAUGUUGGAUCUGCAAAUUUUGAUUGGAGAGCACUUACUCAGGUCAAAGAACUCGGAAUGGCUGUAUUCAACUGUCCUUGUCUUGCACAGGACUUCACCAAGCUGCUAGAUAUCUAUUGGGAUAUGGGAGCUCCAGGUGCGAAAAUUCCACAAAGUUGGCCAGACUACUACGCAACGUCCUCCUACCACGAACGACCAACGUCAGUACCACAACCAAGUGGCAGUCAAGCAGUGUACUUUUCGGCUGCUCCUCCAGGAUUUCAGUCAUGUGGAAGAGAAUCAGACAUUGACGCCAUGGUAAAACUCAUCGACGAAGCGCAGGAAAGGCUGGACAUGGCAGUGAUGGAUUACGUCCGAUUCAUGCAUUCUCGUUGGUCUCAUACCAAUGCCAGAGCCUAUGCGUAUAUGCAUUCACUACAAGAUAUAAGCAGUCAGCUACAGUGCGUAUACUCAGGAGGAAAGUGCGUUCGACGUGGGUCAAUCGAAGUCCGUUUCAUUCAGGUACCAGAAAUGCAGUACGGUAACAUACCGUAUUCCCGAGUUUAUCAUAACAAGUAUUUCGUCACUGAAAAGGCAGUUUAUGUGGGCACUUCAAACUGGACUCCUGAUUAUUGGAAGUAUACUGCUGGAAUAGGAAUGGUUAUACGAGCAGAUGACUCAAGCCAAAAAUCAGUCAUAGUGGAUCAAUUUGCGAAGAUAUUCGAGAGGGACUGGAAUUCGGACUAUACCAUUCCUUUAUCCUACUUUGAUAACAACGGGAAAUGGACGAACGGCUCAAGUACAAGCUCACCGUUAUGA